UAAGUGAGGACCGAUCCAUCGCAGAUCGAGCGCCGGGCUCGAUUGACACUGUCUGCUGAUCUGCUAACUGCGGAUUGCUCAGAAUAACACGGGCUGCUCGCUAAUUCCCCGUCUACCGGGGCUUUCAACGAAACACCGAGAGAGAGAGAGAGAGUAUAGGGUCCAAAAAAAGAAGCCAACAAGGCAGGCAGGCAAAGAACCGCCGGAGUCCGCACCCCACAAUGGCUUCAGGAGACCUUUACGAGGUAGAGCGGAUCGUGGACAAGAGGCGGAACAAGAAGGGUAAGUGGGAGUACCUGAUAAGGUGGAAAGGCUAUGGAAGUAAGGAGGACACAUGGGAGCCAGAGCAUCACCUACUGCACUGCGAGGAAUUCAUUGACCAGUUCAACAGCUUGAGACUGCACUCACACAAACGGCCCAAGGUCCCAAAAAAUCAUCAAGAGCCCCUCAUCACCAGCCAGCCAUCUGCUACUGACAACUCCAGAGCUCGGUCUGAGGCCCGGAAGAAGAAAAGGACUAUUGGCCCAGCUGUUGGGGUUCGAGUAGGAGCCGUUCUAGGGAUGGAGGGUGGAGGGUCAGGACCCACUCAGAAGCAGAGGAAGGUGGGUGUUGGACCUGGGAAACAUGCUUUAGGGGACAGAGUCAGCAAAGCGAUGACGUACAAGGCUCCUCCACCGGGAGGGCCUCACUUUGUUCCUCCAGUGAGGGUUCCUCAUAACGGACUCCAGAAUGGAGAGACGGAUCCUCUCAUGUACAGGACAGCAGCAAGGCCCCAUCGACAGCCCUCAGACAGAGUGGAUAGAGAACUAGGAGGCGUGGAUACCACUGGACAGCAGUUCACCACUGAGCUAGACUCCCCGCUGGCCAAUGGCAAGAUGCAUCUACACAGCUCAGUAAAGAGGAAGUUGGCUGAGGAGAAAGGCUACGUGUUCGACAAGCGGCUCAGGUACAACGUGCGACAGAACGAGAGCAACUGUCGAUUCCGAGACAUCGUGGUAAGGAAGGAGGAGGGCUUCACGCAUGUCUUGCUCUCCAGCCAAACAACAGACAACAACGCUCUGACACCAGAGAUCAUGAAGGAAGUGUGUCGAGCUCUGGGUAAUGCAGCUGCUGAUGACAGUAAAUUAUUGUUGCUCAGCUCCGUGGGGACUGUUUUCUGCAGUGGCCUGGAGCCGUCCUACCUGAUAGGCCGUCUGUCCACUGACCGCAGAAAAGAGAGCAGCCGCAUCGCAGAUGCCGUACGGGAGUUUGUGUUGGCGUUCAUCCACUUCAAGAAACCCAUUGUAGUGGCAAUAAAUGGACCCGCUCUGGGCUUAGGGGCCUCCAUCCUGCCGCUGUGUGAUGUGGUGUGGGCCAGUGAGAGGGCCUGGUUCCAAACUCCAUGUGCAGCCCUCCACCUCACCCCCUCCGGAUGCUCCUCUUACACCUUCCCCCAGAUCCUGGGCGUUGCUCUGGCCAAUGAGAUGCUGUUCUGUGGAAGAAAACUUACCGCACAGGAAGCAUGCAGUCGAGGUCUGGUGUCACAGGUCUUCUGGCCCACCACGUUUAACCAAGAAGUGAUGCUGCGCGUGAAGGAAAUGGCAUCAUGCAAUGCAGUGGUUUUAGAAGAAUCCAAAUGCCUGGUGAGGAGUAUCCUCAUGUCCGUCCUGGAGGAAGUGAAUGAGAAAGAGUGUCAGAUGCUGAAGCAGCUGUGGUGUUCAACCAAAGGACUAGAGGCCCUCUUCAGUUACCUGCAGAACAAGACGUAUGAGAAGUGAUCAUCCACACCGAGAAAACUGAUCAGUGCGGGUCAAAGGUUAUCUACGGAGGAUGAUAACAGCGUGAUGUCAGACGGAAGAAAAGGUUGCAUUAAGGGUCUUUGUUUCCAUCCAUCAGCAGAGCUGCUUGCUUACAUGUCUACCAACAACAACUUCACGGUCUUCUUCUUUUGUAAAUCAAGUUAUAUUUUAUAUUUAUUGGACCCAUAACUGUCCAGAUGUUUAUUCUCUAGGAGUCAAAGAGCAAAGGGCCAAAUGUGCAUUGCUUAAAUAAACACUGAAGGACGUUCUGCAGGGAGGUACAGAGUGUUUCUGUACAUAUGCCAGGCUUAUGUGUUAAUGAAAUGAUCAGGAUGUAUGAAAUCAAUGUAUGUCUGAUAGCACAGGAUAAUAUAUAUUAAUAUAUAUUUAUUGCAAGUGUGUAAAAGAGUUGCUUUCUGAAUAUAAGGAUUUUCUUUUAGUCACUUAUUGUUUUGAGCUGAAGUGUAAAUCAAAGUUUGCAUGAGGACACUGUUUCAUGCACAUUCCAUCCUCUCUGUAUACGGAAACUGGCCACAAAUGAUUAUACAUGUCAGUGGGUCACAUUCAGUGAAACUUCAUGAAACAAUUCUGGAUAAUUCAAAGAAAAUGUAAGCUUUUUUUCAUCACGCUACUCAUUGUUCAUACUGUAAAAGCCAAUUGGACUGUUGUCAGGCUAUUAAAUAGGCGUUAUCAGUUGCUAUAAGCCCCAUAGAUGUGGGUCAGUAGGGCCCUGCUACACCCAGUAUUAGGUGUUAUCAUCUAUUCACAUAGUCGAUCAGUGAAAGAAGGUUUAAAAGAAGAUGACAGCAACUCAGGGCAGCAGGCGGGGGCGGGCGGAUGGGUCCAGAGACCAGUGUUCACAUCCCGUGUGAAACCACUGAUGUUAUUUUAAGCCAAAACAUAGAUGUUUUUCCCUAAACUUAACCAAGCGUUUUUGUUGCCUAAACCUAAAGUAGAAGUUGUUUGUGUUGACGUAAUGUUUCAUCAGUUUAACGGGUUAGAACGUGUUGCUUUUUCGCUUUCACUUUUACAACAUAGUAGGGCCCUAUUGACCCGUAUCUAUGGUGAACAUUGGCUUACUGAAAUAAAUGGGUGAUAACAGCCUUGUGAACCUACUAUUAGUUUAGUAGACCCCUACUAGCCUACAAACUUGGGACAGAUGUGUGGUGAUAAUGCCUAUUCAAUAGCCUGUCAGAUCGGGUGCUAUUACAAAGAACAGACAACAUCUUGUUGCCAGUAGAUUUGUUAUCAUAAUCAUAAUCACCAUAAAUUUGCUUCUGUUAACAUAAAAUCAAGAUUAAUGCUCAUGUACUAAUGAGGCCAUCUGGUGAUUAGUGCAUAAGUACAUAAAAAAUAUCAUCCUCAUAUCGUCAACAUCCAUCUAGUUAUUUUCACCUGCAACAGAAACGGCAAGAGUUUAAUUAAACUUUUAUUCAUACAAAUGAAAUUGUAUGGAGGUCAGGAUUUUUCUUUCAAGGGGGACUCGUGUGAAUCGAAAUGCAAAUCAGGAAGAUAAGUGGAAAUGGAGAACACUGGAAGCCUCAUGGGAGUGCUAGCACUAAAUAUACAAAUGUGUCUGUUCUUAAUCAAAUGGCAUUUUGGGUUGAGUACAAAAUUACUUUAGAUGAUUAAAUGAAUUGGUGGCUCACAUCACAUUGAAGGAUUAGUAAUGGAAUUUGUCCCGUUUAGUUUGAGCUACAUAUAAUAGCCGUACAUGCAGUACUGUGGUGGUUCAUAUAUGUAUAACAUGGCUUCCAGUUAUUGUGUGAAAUGUGUGAUCAUCAUGUUGAUAAUAACCUGACCGUUAUUUCUUAGUUGUGUAUAUUUUAGAGCACACAGAAGAGAUGAUACCUGCUCGGUCUCUUCAUGUUAAUCACAUUGUGGCGACACUAAUUGUCAGUGUUCUGUAUUGUGGAAAUGCAACAGUCGUGUAGCUGGAGUCGACUUUGUCCUUAUCUGCAUGUGAUGAUUCAAGGUUUUAAGAAAGUUUAUAUUGCGAUGUGUAUUAUAUGUAGGGAUCUAUUUUGUUUUACCAAAAAAAAAAAAAAAAAUGUAGGUCUGUGAAAAUUGUUUUGUAAAACUCAGAAGAUAUUUGUCCAUUUUCGCAGUGGUACACAUGCAGUACAGAAUAUUAUAGAAUGUAGACUGUUUUGUGUAACUAAUGGCAUGUAAUAUACUGUACAUAUGAAUGUGCUGCCUGUCUGAACACCAGGGUAUGUUUUGUAUAUAAGUAUUGUUAGAAAUGGUGCAGUUUAUUUUUGUAUUUAUUUGAGAUAACUGUUUGGAUGUGCAGUGCCAUGUGGUUUCCUUUGCUCCAGAAGCCCCCCAUCCCCCUCCCCCCUCCCCCGACUCUCUUUAAUCAUCCUUUCUAUUAAUUAGCCCAUAAAAACUUGAACAAAAUGGGUCAGAUAUUUUAUACAUAUAUAUAUAAUUUCAAAACCAAAAUGUGUAAACACUAUUUUCACUUGAAUGUUUACCUUUUCAGUUGACACUGUCAGAUAAAGUAUUUUGUUGUAAAUUAUCAAAUGCAUGUCAGAUCAUUUAAUAUAUAAGAUUGUGUUUUACUGAGCUUCAUAAGUAUGAACAGAUGAUCAAUAAAAUUACCUUUAUUGUAUUUCAGAAUUGUCAAUUUCAAGCAUAUAUGACUGUUAGUGCUCCAUGGGGUUGUUUAAUGAUUUUCAAACAUCAGUUUUAUUUGAUUGCAGGGAAUAAUUACUGGUUUGAUGAAGCAUUUAUGACAUUUAAGUCAUUAUGUACUAAAAUAAAAUUAACAAAAAAAACAUCACACUUUCACUUAAACUCAUGAAAACAUUUGUAGUUGCAUUUUAGUGCAUUUACCUAACUCCUAUGCUGCUCCCAGAUAUAUAAUCAGCUACAAAGAACAGGCAGUUUGGCGACCAAAGACUCCAUUAGGCUUAAAUAAUCAGGCUGUAGUAGUUGUGAUUUUGUUUUUGUUUUUACAAGAGGGGCUCCUACAAUCACUUCUUCAACUAUAUUCCCCAUCCAUUGGUAAAUAACACUUUACAUCUGUUAGGGUCCCAAGAAGAGGUGAGAAGGACCUGUGUAAUGUGGCUGCUGAAUUCAAAUCACUCCACUGAGCGAUAUCACACAGAUCCUUCAAGACAUGGAUCUUGAUGUGUUUAUUCAUUUUAUUUCAUUUGUAAAAUAUUACAAAUUCUUUUCAGUGUCAUCUAAGCUAUGAAAUGCAUUUCUUCACUUGUUUUGAACUGUUAGUUUCUGUUUUAGGCAUUGGAUCCAAAUUCCCACCUCGGCAUGUGUUUGAAGUGCUUGAUAAUAAAAUUUGAAGUAAACAAGUCAUUUAUUGCAAAUGACUGCGUUUUUGACAGGUUUCUGUGUUUUUGUCUUUUCUAACCACAAUAUCAUGAGUGGUCCUACAGUAUGUAUGUAUGCGUGUUAAAUCAUUCAUGUUUUUGUCUCAAAGCACACCUUCGGGUGCCUUACAAUUUAAAUAUCUGUCAAAGAUUGAUCCAUACGUUGUGAUGGGUAGAGUGAGCUGCUUCAAAUAAAGAAAAAGUGCUUUCACAA